AUUGUUGUAAAUUGUUCACUCAUGUAAUACUUUAUCGCUGUCGUUGUCACGGAAAUAUAUAUAUGGGACACAAUGACAAAAUUAAGAAAUUGAUAAGAACAAAGUAGAUUAUGUUCAAUGUACAAUAACUACCGCUUCAGAUAUGUGGAACUUUUAUUUCUUGUUGAUUUUAUGUUCUUUAUCCUGGCGCUUACAUGCAUCUACUAGUCCAAACGGUUGGAUGCGGCAUGAUAAAUCCUGUUAUCACUUUAGUCAUGACCAGGAGGAUUGGCCAAACGCUAUGACAAUGUGUCACAUUUUAGGUGGUAAACUAGUAGAGAUUGAAUCAGCUGCAGAAAACGCUUUCCUUAUAUCAAUGGCAACGCGGUUUAACAAAAAUUACUGGAUAGCACUAAGUGAUAUACAAGAAGAAGGUGUCUGGGUAUGGAUGGAGACUAAAAAUCCCAUUUCAGAAACUGAAUUUUCUUACUGGCAUCCGGGUGAGCCCGAUAAUGGUCAUCAAAAUGAAAAUUGUGGUACAUUGAACGGGAUUCACGACAACGGCCUCUGGAACGAUUGGCAUUGUAGCGAUCCUACUGUGCCUUACAUAUGCGAAAUACCUGAUGGCUUUCAAGAAAUAGUAGGCUAAUUCUGGCGUCAAUUGAAUACAUGAACUGUCAAACAGAUGGAAUAAAAAAAAAACCUUCAAUA